CGUCCCGCUCAGUGAGCUGUCCUGGUCGUCCUCCCUCGCGGUGGUGGCUGUGUCCUUCUCGGCGCUCUUCUCUGUCAUCGUCCUCAUGCUGGCCUGCCUGUGCUGUAAGAAGGGCGGCAUUGGGUUCAAGGAGUUUGAGAAUGCUGAGGGGGACGAGUAUGUGGCCGACUUCUCGGAGCAGGGUUCCCCGGCUGCGGCUGCGCAGAACGGCCCCGAUGUGUACGUCCUGCCCCUCACUGAAGUCUCCUUGCCCAUGGCCAAGCAGCCGGGGCGCUCAGUGCAACUUCUCAAGUCCACGGACCUGGGCCGGCACAGCCUCCUGUACCUGAAGGAGAUUGGCCACGGCUGGUUUGGGAAGGUGUUCUUGGGGGAGGUACACUCGGGCGUCAGUGGCACACAGGUGGUGGUGAAGGAGCUGAAGGCCAGCGCCAGCGUGCAGGAGCAGAUGCAGUUCUUGGAGGAGGCACAGCCCUACAGGGCUCUGCAGCACAGCAACCUGCUUCAGUGCCUGGCCCAGUGUGCUGAGGUGACCCCCUACCUGCUGGUUAUGGAGUUCUGUCCGCUGGGGGACCUCAAAGGUUAUCUACGGAGCUGCCGGGUGACAGAGUCCAUGGCGCCUGACCCCCUGACCUUGCAACGCAUGGCUUGUGAGGUGGCAUGUGGGGUCUUGCAUCUACAUCGUCACAACUACGUCCACAGUGACCUGGCCCUGAGGAACUGCCUGCUAACGGCUGACCUGACGGUGAAGGUUGGCGAUUAUGGCCUGUCACAUUGCAAAUACAGGGAAGACUACCUCGUGACCACUGACCAGCUGUGGGUGCCAUUGCGCUGGAUUGCACCAGAGCUGGUAGACGAGGUGCAUGGCAACCUACUGGUGGUAGAUCAGACCAAGACCAGCAAUGUGUGGUCCCUGGGUGUGACCAUCUGGGAGCUCUUCGAGUUGGGUACACAGCCCUAUCCCCAGCACUCGGACCGGCAGGUGCUGGCUUACGCCGUCCGAGAGCAGCAGCUUAAGUUGCCCAAGCCCCAGCUGCAGCUGACUCUGUCUGAUCGCUGGUACGAAGUGAUGCAAUUCUGCUGGCUACAGCCAGAGCAGAGGCCCACAGCCGAAGAGGUCCACCUGCUGCUGUCCUACUUGUGUGCCAAGGGCACCACAGAGUUGGAGGAGGAGUUUGAGCGGCGCUGGCGUUCCCUGAGGCCCGGUGGCGGCCCGGGCCUGGGGUCAGGUUCCACCGGGCCAGCGGUUGCUGCCGCCGAGCUCACCGCUGCCUCGUCUUUCCCACUGCUGGAGCAGUUCACCAGCGACGGCUUUCACGUGGACAGCGAUGAUGUGCUGACAGUAACUGAAACAAGCCACGGCCUCAACUUUGAAUACAAGUGGGAGGCUGGCUGUGGCACGGAGGCAUUCCCACCCCCGGGGGGUGUGUCUAGCCCAGACUCGGCAGCACGUCUGCAGGAGUUCUGUGCACCUGACAGCUCUCCACCUGGAGUGGUGCCAGUGCUCAGUGCCCACAGCCCCUCAGUGGGCAGCGAGUACUUCAUCCGCCUAGAGGGGGCAGUGCCUGCCGCUGGCCAUGAUCCGGACUGUGCCGGCUGCGCUCCCAGCCCCGAAGCUGUGACUGAUCAAGACAAUAACUCAGAGGACAGCACCACCACUUCCCUCGUCAUGGAGCCACUGCUGGGCCAUGCACCCCCCGUCGGGGGCCUGUGGGGCCCCUGUGACCACCACUCAUGCAGGAGGCAAGAGCCACCCUGCCCCUCACGCUCGCCCUCUCCCGGGACCCCGAUGUUGCCAGCUGAAGACAUAGACUGGGGUGUGGCUACCUUCUGCCCACCCUUCUUCGAUGACCCACUGAGUGCAUCUCCCUCUGGCAGUCCUGAGGCCCAGGCAUCUCCCAGCGAUGAGGAGCUGGAGGGGGAAAAGACAGGGAAAGCUGCUCAGUGUGGACACUGGAGCUCUAACGUGUCAGCCAAUAACAACAGUGGCAGCCGAGACCCAGAAUCUUGGGAUCCCGGCUAUGUGAGCAGCUUCACAGACAGCUACAGGGAUGACUGCUCCAGCCUAGAGCAGACCCCAAGGGCCUCCCCUGAGCUGGGCCGCCCCCUGUCCCAGGAGGAUCCCAGAGAAUUUCUGCCGGGGCUAGUAGCAGCCUCCCCUGGUCAGGAGCCAAGCCGCUGCUUCAGCCUGCUCCCUCUGUGUCCUGCCAAAGGCCUGGCACCUGCUUCCUGCCUGGCCACACGCCCCUGGACAGAGGCAGCUGCAGGUGGGGGUGAUAACCCCCAGGUGGAACCCAAACUUGCCCAGGAGGCUGAGAGCUCCGCUGAAUCCCAGCUAUCCCUUCCUUCUGUCCCCUCCCCAUCCCACGAAGGAGCCCCACUUCCCUCGGAGGAGGCAAGUGCUCCCGAUAUCCUGCCUGCCGCUCCCACGCCCGCUGCUGGCAGCCGGGUGACUGUCCCUAUGCCGGCCCUCACCCUGGACAGCUGCGGCAGUUCUCUGGGGCAAGAGGCACCUAGCAGUGAGGACGAGGACACCACUGAGGCUACGUCAGGAGUCUUCACCGACCUGUCCAGUGACGGCCCUCACACUGAGAAGCCAGGCAUACCACCAGCCUUACGCUGUCUGCAGAAGCAGGUGGGGACCCCUGACUCCCUCGACUCUCUGGACAUCCCGUCCUCAGCCAGCGAUGGUGGCUGUGAGGUCUUGAGCCCAUUGGCUGCUGGUCUCCCUGCUGGGCAGCCCCGUGCCAUGGACAGUGGUUAUGAUACAGAGAACUACGAGUCUCCGGAGUUUGUGCUCAAAGAGGCACAUGAGUCUAGUGAGCCUGAGGCCUUUGGGGAGCUAGCCUCUGAGGGUGAGAGCCCAGGGCCUGAGACUUUGCUCUCUGUCUCCCUUGGUGGCCUCAGCAAGAAGAACCCCUACCGAGACUCUGCCUAUUUCUCGGAUCUGGACGCUGAGUCCGAAUCCACCUUUGGCCCUGAGAAGUGCAGUGGGGUCCAGGACUCCCAAAAGGAGCAAGACCUGAAGAGCCCACCUAGUGCAGGGCAUCAGUCUGUGCAGGCUUUUCCCGGGCCUGAGGUGCCCAGCGAGGACCCAGAUACUAGCCCCAGGGAGGUGCUGCCCCCAGCACAGCAGCCAGAGGAGCCCUUACCAGAUGGCCGCGGGCCAGAGCCCCUUGGGGCUCAAGGCCCAGUUGAGGUGCAGCCUGUGCCCAGCCCUAGUCAUUCCAAAUGUUUCCUGCUGACCUCAGUCCCACUGAGCUCAGAAGGCAAUGGCAUGGAGCCCCAGGGUCCCCCAGGACGGUUGUCAGGGCCGGCCCAGCUCGGGCGGAUGGGAAGCCCUAGCACACCCAGAUCCCCGCUCUGCCUGGCCCUGCCUGGCCACCCUGGGGCUUUGGAGGGCCGGCCAGAGGACGAAGAGGACAGUGAAGACAGUGACGAAUCUGAUGAGGAGCUUCGAUGCUACAGCAUCCAGGAGCCCAGCGAGGACAGUGAGGAGGAGCCACCAGCGGUGCCUGUGGUAGUGGCUGAGAGCCAGAGUGCCCGAAAUCUGCGUAGCUUGCUGAAGAUGCCCAGCCUUCUGUCUGAGGCCUUCUGCGAGGACCUGGAGCGCAAGAAGAAGGCUGUGUCCUUCUUUGAUGACGUCACGGUCUACCUCUUCGACCAGGAGAGCCCCACCCGAGAGACUGGGGAGCCAUUCCCCAGCACGAAGGAAUCACUCCCCACGUUCCUGGAGGGUAGCCCUGGCUCACCCAGUGCCCCUGGCCUGCCGCGGCGAGCUGACCACUUGCCCGACAGCUCCACUCCUGAACAGGGUAGUAGGUUCGAAUGGGAUGAUGAUUUCCCGCUGGCGCCGGGCAAGGCUGCUAUGGUGACUGCACUGGACCCUGCUGACCCUGUCCUGGCCACGCCCACCACGGCAGCUGCACCCCUCUCACGUUUCACCGUGUCUCCCACACCUGCCUCCCGCUUCUCCAUCACUCAUGUAUCUGACUCAGAUGCCCCGUCGGUGGGAGGCCCAGCAGCAAGUGCUGGGGGCCGAUACACAGAGGCUUGAGACCCAGGUAGCUCCACCCUUCGGAGGCUGGCGUCCCUGGAGCCCCUGCCAUCCUAUCCAGGCAGCAGCAAGGAUGGUGACCGGGAAUGAAUGGGGACCAUCAGCACCCCCACAGCAUCCUGGAGAAGCAGGUGGAUGAGAGGCCUGUAUCUAGCCCUGGACGUGUUGGGUCGUGUACCUCCUCUGUGCUGCCUGAUGGUAGAUGUGUCCCGAGUGAACACUGGGGUUUGCUGCUAGCCCCUGAACAUACCUGUAGCCUGAGGGCCUGUGGGUGUCCGUAAGCAUAUACAUACACACUCAAGAAGGGCCCCCUGACCCCUGGUGGCUCUUCACUCCUGGACAGACCCCCCACCCCCCACCCUGCAGCUGCUCUUCCUAGAUGGCUGUUGGUGAGCUGGCUUCAGGCCAGGAUCAUGCAGUCCAAGGGCCUGCAUGCCCUGUUGGCUACAUCCUGCCUUGUGUUCAAAGGACACUUGGCCAGGUUUCAAGAUGGCUUUAAGCCUGAAGGUCCCUUUUGGGUACCCCCCCCCCCCUUCUUACCUGGGUCUAGGUUUGCUCAGAGCAAGGUUGGACCCCUGGGCUCCAAGCCCUUAUCUCAGUCUGUGGCGGUUCCCCUUCACUGCGUCUGCAGAAGCCCUUCCCCACAGGGUCUGUCUGGACUGUUCUGGCCUAGGUCCUGCCAUGUAGCAGAGGCUUCCAGGCCACAGCCGGACCGCCCCAGAGCUGUCCUCUACAGACAGGGUAGUGUGGGAAACACUCCCUUACAGAGAAGUGCCCUGCCCCUACCCUGGCCAGAGAAGACUAGGGUGUACCCUACAGCCACUGUGGGGCUCCUGCCUGCAGGCAGGGCUGGGAGAAAACAGGGCUAGGGUGGGCUGUACAGGGAAUAUUUUUGUAACUUGCUGGAGUGAAUGGAAAUGGGGUGAUUCUAAGUUAUUGUUGCCAAAGACAUGUAAAGUAUAUUGUUGCUUUGGGGGUGGGGGCAAUGUUUUUUGUUUUGUUUUGUUUUUGUUUUUAGUUUGAGGCUUAGGACGCUGGUGCAAUGAUUUUCUUGUUCCUUGUUUUUUAAGAGAAACCAAGCUAAGAAAAAACA